UAGAGGAAAAGGGAAUUAAUAGACAUUGACAAUAUCGGGAAGAAGAAGAAAAGAAAGAGGAAGAGAGAGAGAAAUCGAAGAUGGGACUGGUAUGGCUAGAAGCUGCACUUCCACUUGGUAUCAUCGCCGGCAUGCUCUGCAUCAUGGGCAAUGCUCAGUAUUACAUCCACAAAGGCUUUCAUGGCCGGCCCAAGCACAUUGGCAACGACUUGUGGGAUGUCGCCAUGGAAAGGAGGGAUAAGAAGAUCAUGGAGAUUUGCUCCGAAACUCAAAAUCACUAAUUUCUGGAUGCUUUAGUUGGGGACUUGAAGCAAUAAAUUGAGCAGUCAUGGGUUUGAAAAGCCAACCAUGAGAUUAGUAUAUCACCAACAACUCCUGUCCUUACUACUGUUGUUUUUUCUUUGAUGUAUGUAUGUAUUGAUCAGGCGGACUGGUGGAGAAACCAAUUUGAUAUUUGAAUGUCAGCAAGAAUUGUGUGCUUUAAUUAUUGUUUGGGCUUUUAAAUUUCGUUGUUAUCAAAUCUGAGGUUUUUUUUUUGGUAUGUUAAAUAAUUGACAGAUAAGUUUUCUCACAUGAGAAUUAUUAUUGUGGAAUUUGUUUCAACUUGGGAAAAUAUGCUUGUUCUA